AUGGGUGCCAAUGCCCGAGGACACACAUACAUUGCUGUAGGCACAGCGCUUGUCGUAUUGUCUACGGUUAUUGUGGGCAUUCGCGUUGCUGCGCGAGGGAUCAAGUCAACCUUGGGAUGGGACGACUAUGCCAUAUGUCUGUCGAUUGUCCUGGCAUACACCAUGCUGGGGGAAGCAAUCUACUGUAUAUGUUUCUUCGCAAACGAAAUCUCAUACACCCUCCUUGUGCCAUCCAUAAAAGUCUCGAUCCUCUUGCUCUACCGCCGAAUCUUCAGCGUUCCCAAAUUCCGACUCGUCAGUCUAGUGACCGGCUGCCUAGUCCUAUCAUGGUGUCUUGCCGUCUUCAUCACCGUCCUCCUUCAAUGUCGUCCGAUCUCUCUGAACUGGAACAAAGAGCAGGCUGGCACUUGCAUCAACCCAAAACCAUUCUUCUUCGGCAACGCGAUAUCCAAUCUCCUCAUUGACGUGGUCAUCCUCGCUUUGCCUAUCCCGAUGGUUUUCCAACUUCAACUACGCCUAUCGCAGAAGCUGACCGUUUUGGGUAUCUUCCUUCUCGGUGGAUUGUGCGUUUACCUAUCUCCUACCCCUACGGAAUACAAGCUUAUAGAGGAUAGUGUCUGUGUCGCGAGUGUUAUGCGCGUGGUUACGCUCAAUAUUUUUGAGAAUAAUGAUAUAUCCUAUUCUAUCAUGGAGGCCGCUACCUGGACCUUCGUCGAGCCUUGCGUUGGUAUUAUUUGCGCUUGUUUGCCAACUAUGCGUCCGUUGUUGCGAGCCCUGUGCUGUUCAUUCUCGUGGAGUACGGGGGAUUCUAAGGAUGCGCCUGUUGGGAAUAACCAUCGCAUGCAAAGGAUAUCUACGUCUCCAAAGAACGCUAAUGAUGAAGUAUGGGGCCAUGACCGGUUCGAUGAUGAAUAUGCGUUGACGGCAGAAGGCUCGAAAUCGAGGGUCCAUGUGCAUGACGCUUUAUAG